GCCAAUAACACCACAUCCAAGUUUGAUCUAUCGUCAUAUUUUCUCCUACUUUCAAUAUCAAAACUCGGUAUUCUUAUUUCAAAAUGUCGAACUUCAUACAUAAAGUCAAGGAUGCUGUCAACAGCCAUCUGCACCCUGAGAACAAAGGGUCUCGCCAUGAUUCGUCCAAGACGGAGAACCCGGUCAAAGAUGCCGGCGACGCUAAUCGCCCUUCCCCUAUGGGUAACAAGAUGGAAGGCCCUGGUAAUACCUAUGGUGCGACCACUACCGGUGCUAGCAACUAUGACUCGGCCGUUCGUGACUCCAAUAUGGCCACCGGAAGGAAUGAUACCAGUCAGGGUUACGGCUUGGCCGGCGCCGGUACAGAUAACCUGAACUCCGGCGCUUACACUGACUCCAAGAGGGGCCAGAAUGUCGAAUCGGGCGGUUAUGGUACCACUCAACAGCGUCCAUCGACCAUGGACUCCGGCGCACUAGGAUCGCAGAACCGUGCUGGAGACUUGAGUACAGAUCCUGGGACCUACAGCUCCACCGGAGGUUAUGGAGCCGGAAACAUGAAUACCGGCUCUGGUCUCAGCGAGUCCCGGAUGGGAAACGAGAUGAAUACCGCUACCGACACAGGCCUUGGUAACCGCGACACCUACGGAGGCGCAAUGGCCUCCACGACCGGCCGUGCUGGCAACACCAUGGAGGGUGGAGCCAACACCUUGAACACCGGUUCGGCCAAUAUGACCAACCAAAUGGAAAACCGGCCUAUGCAAGAGACGGAGAAUCUCUCGGGCCAGCAGGGCUUCGGUGGCACUGCGGCCGGUGGUAGUAGCUAUAAUGCGGCCUCGCCGGCCAGGAGAAGAAGCUCUGGUCCACACAGCUCCAACUGGCUCAACAAGCUGGAUCCUCGGGUACACAGCUCUGACUAUGACGCUAAUGCUGCAAGCAACCAACGUGGAAACUAGAGUUUCGUCGAUGCCUGGAACUGUGUUUUGAAUUUGACGCUCUAAUAUAUUGUCUUCUGCCGAUUUUAAUUUUAAUUUGUGGAUAUAAAAUUGAAAACCAU